AUGGGCGACUCCAACGAAGAGAGAGAGAAACAUCUGUGCUCCUUGGGGUGUCGGGACUGCAAUCCUUUCUUCCCUACACUGCAGCUCAUCUCCCUCGUGCUCUUGGCUGCUCUCCUUGCGGCUUUCCUUGUCAAAGGCUCUGAAGUUCAUAGCUUCCAGGAGCAGGAGCAGGAAAAGCAACGCAUACACCAGGAACUGGAACAAUUGAAGGCUGGACUAGACCGCCUGUGCCGCCCCUGCCCUUGGGACUGGACCUUCUUCCAAGAAAACUGUUACUUCUUCUCCACAUUUAAGCAGACCUGGAUGGAAUCUGUCACUGCCUGCCAGGAAGUAGGGGCCCAACUCGUUGUCAUCAAGAAUGAUAAGGAACAGAGCUUCCUGCAGCGGAUGUCUGAGAAGAAAGGCCAUGCAUGGAUGGGACUGUCAGACAUAAAAAAGGAAGGCAAAUGGGUAUGGAUGGAUGGUUCACCACUGCAAUGGAGCAAAUAUUGGUCUCCAAGGGAGCCCAACAACGUGGGCGAUGAAGACUGUGCAAACUUUUCAGAUAAUGGAUGGAAUGAUAGUUUAUGUCUCACAGAGCAAUUUUGGAUCUGCAAGAAGCCUGCAUCUCCCUGCUCUAGGUGA